AAUUCUUCUGCAGCCACACGAGUAUCUUUGCCAAAACCUCGAAUCUCCACAACCUAAGCUAAGCCGCCUUCCAGUUUUCUCAGGUCCGCGUCUCUCUUUGAGACUUAAGGGUAUAUAUUACCCGAUAACAGAUGUCUUAUGAUGAUUCUUAUAUAUCGAUGGACAUAAUGGAGCAGACACCACAAGAGUCUCCAACUUCAUUAUGGAAGCAGAUCUCAACCAUCAGACAAACGGCUUUAGAAGCAUACAGAAGAAAACCAAUCUCACAUUGGAUUCUUCUUGCUCUAAGCAGUGUAGCAAUGCUCGUAGCGUUCCCUGCUUCAUCUAUACUUUCCCGUGUUUAUUACGACAACGGUGGGAAGAGCAAGUGGAUCAUUUCCUGGGUAUCGGUCGUUGGCUGGCCUAUUCCAGCUUUAUUAUUAUUUCCCAUGUAUUUCUUAUCUGAAAUCCGUCCUACCCCUCUGAAUUGGAAGCUUAUUAUUUCUUAUAUUGUGUUGGGCUUUUUAAGUGCAGCUGAUAACCUCAUGUAUGCAUAUGCUUAUGCAUACCUUCCUGCUUCUACUGCUUCCCUUUUGGCAUCAUCAUCCCUCGUGUUUUCUGUGCUAUUUGGUUACCUUCUUGCCAAGAACCAAGUCAAUGCUUCGAUACUGAAUGCUGUCUUCAUAAUCACGGCUGCAGUUGUGAUGAUCGGUCUAGAUUCAAACUCAGAUAGAUAUGGAGGCAUAACUGAUAGACAAUACAUAUUGGGUUUCGUAUGGGAUAUCCUAGGCUCUGCUCUCCAUGGACUCAUCUUUGCUCUAUCAGAGCUAGUUUUCAUUAAGUUACUAGACAGAAAGUCUUUCCAUGUUGUGUUGGAACAGCAAGUAAUGGUUUCUUUUUUCGGCUUCUUGUUCACCACUCUCGGCGUCCUUCUAAACAAUGAUUUUCAAAACAUGAAAUCAGAGGCAGCAAGUUUCGUUGGUGGUACAUCGUCAUAUUUGCUUGUGCUUAUUUGGAGUGCAAUUUCUUUUCAGUUAGGAGUGUUGGGAGGAACUGCAGUUCUGUUUUUAUCCUCAACCAUUCUUGCUGGAGUUUUAAACGCAGUUCGGGUACCUAUUACGAGUAUUGGUGCCGUCAUAUUCUUAAAAGAUCCUAUGAGUGGCUUCAAGAUCCUCUCUUUAGUCAUCACUUUUUGGGGAUUCAGCUCUUAUAUUUAUGGCAGUUCCUCUACAAGUAAGUCGUCAUGAUCUUGUGAUGUUCUUGUGUUUCUCAACUAUAUAUAUAUAUUAGUCUUAUGGGAUAGUGAACUGAGGAAAAUUGGUUGAUAUUGGCCUUGAGUGAUAUUGGUUGUUUCUAUGAUAUAAUAGUGGAAAACUGGGAGGAAUGUUGUAAAAACAUUGCAGAAUCUAAAUGAAUUGUGUUCUUGGGGAAAGAAAGAUUGGAAUAUUAUUUGGAUGAUCCAUCUCA